GAGAUUUCAGGUCAAACGGACUCCAACAACUUGAAAAUAAAAUUUGGACAACUUGUCGAACCCGAUUAUGCACAAAGACACCCCUGCCUAGGAACGUAGUGAUCGAUAAAAAAAGCGGGAAAAAGGUACAAGUCGCAAUGCAUUGGCGCGAAGGAGGCAGAAUUCAAGCCAUAAGAAAAGCGGGGCACGGUUUACCUAGUUCAUCUCAUUUUUCUUCGAUUGUUAAGCUGGUGAUUUCUUUUUACGAUCAAUAACCUCUCCCAAAUACAAUUGUUAAAGCAAAAAUCAAGUUAUAUUAAUUGGGUUUUAGGUUAAUUUUACUGGGUAUACUCCGUGAAAUUGCAAUUUGCAAAUUUCCCACUUUUUUAGAGCAAAACCCUUGUUUGGCCAGAAGGGGUUUCUCGCAAAAUGAAUUGGUGGGAAAGUCCUGAUGGUGAAAUUCGGGUUCUCAUUGCCCCAGACAAAGGUACAUCUGGGUCAGAUGCAGGACAGUUGCUCUCUCUACGCCAUCCUAAAUCUGGAACUGCAGCUAAUUAUCUCUUUAUCAAUGAUGGUCUUCAUGAACUUCAGUGGUUUAAGAAAUCCCAUACCUCCUGGUUUUUAGGGGAAUAUGUCUGCGAAGAUGGAAGCUUAUAUCUGUCAACACCUGUUGAUCCUGUCUUCAUCAUGCUUCCCAUUUUCGAGGAUGCUCGAAUGAAGAAGCGGGAUGAUCCGGGAAAAUUUAGACAAUUAGAUGAGAUACUAUAUAUUGACGGCUAUCCAGGAUAUCAACAUCUAUUGCCAGUUCUUGAGAACUCCAUGAGUGUUGUUUGUGAAGUAAAAGAUAUUGGAUCAACAAAGUUCUUUAGGCUUGAUGAUUCCAAGGUUAUAGCUUGGCUGUGUGCAAAGGUUGACCGCUUAAAAAAGACUUUACUCACGCUAGACAAGAACUAUGCUGCUCAGGACGACAAGCAUACAUUAGCUGAAGUGGUAUCAAUACUAGGCGAGUAUUUGAGGGACAAGCCCUGGGUGGAACUUUUGUGUAGUCAUCUAAGGUUGGAUUUACAAGAUCUGACGAGGAAAGCAGAUGAUCACUCUUCACCCGUGCCAGAUAGUGGGCUUCAAUUCUCGAUCCAGGAAAACGGGGGAGCAGAAUCAACUGGCAAGAAAUCGGCCAAGAUAGUGAGACCGGGAAAAAAGGUGAAGAUAGAGAAAGAUUCACAUAACAUAAAAGACAUGUUUAGUAGAGCAACGAGGAGCAAAACAAAGACAACGUAACUGCUUCAGCUAUUCAUUGAAAAUUUACUGUCAUAUUUGUGAGCUUCUGUUCAGACAAAAUUACAACCUUGCUGAAAAACUUGUGGUGUCCUACAGAAUGUAACUUUCAGUGAUAGUCCAGUAGCCUGUAUCAUCAGCUUCUUUGUAUAUUUGAAACUCGAUCUUUGGUUAAUUUAGUGUAUGGCAUGAGCCCGUACUUUCAUUAUUUGAGUAUGAUAAUUUAAUCAUCCUGUAAGAUAAGGGUCUUCUGAACUUUCCAUUUA